AUGUCGAUUAUUAAUGAAUAUGAUUCAAGUUUUAGAGCAUUUAGUACAAUAAUAGAACAAAAAGUUCAAAACAAAUUAACAAAAAAACGAACUGAUAAUACAGUUGAAACGAAUUAUUUCAUUUUCAAAGAUAAUAUCUUUGGUUUUAAAGAUUUCAAGGAUUUAAAAAAAAAAGAUCUUCUUUAUAAUAAUUGUUAUUUAAAGCAAAUAUACAAAGAUGUUUGCUUGGCUAUCCGCAGUUACGAAUCAAGUGAUGAAUUUUCUCCUAAACACUUUGUUGCAAUAUUAAGCAUAGCUUUAGUUCCAUUUAUUGAAA